AUGCAUGCCCUCUUGCUCCUGUGCCUCGCCACGCCCAUCGCGCCAGCUUUGGCCUGGCCCGUCGGCUUGAGGGCCUUCCGGCCGGCCUGUCCCGUGUACAUUCGCGCGCCGGCCUGCGAGCAUCCCUUGCCUAUCGAGAUCGCGUGCGGCGCGUGUCCUUGCCCAAAGGCAACCGGGGCUCCGUCGUCGCCGCCAGCAGUCGAACAGCCUUCAAGCCCGGUCAACGUGACGGCGCUACACGCUCAUCAUGCUCGCGCGCAGCCACCCGUCGAGCAACAGGCGCAGUCCAUCAACAUGACUUUUGCGCGGCCCUAUGUCCAACACAUGCAACGCAACGGCAAGUGGAGCAUCGGCUAG